AUGGAAAGAAACACACCGGAAAAAGAUGAAUGCUCGGAGUGCAAAAAGUCGUUUGCACGAACAGACAAUUUGAGGGUACAUCUAAAAACCGUCUGCCUAAGGAACACCUUGAGAAACCCAGCGCCUUCCACCCCAACAGGCAAGAAACGGCCUGCCACUGUCAUCGAACAUGAGGAGCGUCGAAUUUCAGCGGGCUAUUCACAUAGCAAUGCCUCUGAUGAAAAUCAGCCUGGAGGUGGUUCUCAUAUUCAAACUGGAAACAAUGAACAUCUUCGAACACACCAUGUUCUAGAUUUUACAAUAUCAAACCCGGAUGCUCCAGCGACGCCGGGGUUGCUUCCCACUCCCACUCCGGUUCAAAUUAGCCGUGCCCGUACAUCGCUAUUUCCUGAUGGUUGGGUGCCAGACGAAUAUAUCUCACCUCAGUUGAAGGAAAUUUUGGAAUUUAAAGCUGCCUCAUAUGGCGUUGAGGAGGACCCCGAACCACGAGAAACGACUAUCAUGAUUCGCCAACGUGAUGCUCAGGAGCUGCCAUACGAGAUAUUGGUGAUGGAAGUUAAAAAGAUAUACAAUUAUCUUCGGACAACCGAAAUAGGAUGCAUCAUAGAAGAUGCGAAAAUCGCUCACAUUAUGAAGUUGAAUGAAAGACAGUGGGCCAAUCUGGUUGAAUGUCACCAAACCCUCCUUCAUCACCAUUAUAAUUUACUCAUAUGUACGCAACAUCCAAUCGGCGACGGAGAAAUUUUUGCAACUCCUGUGACAUGUAAAAUACCCUCUCGCCUACUGCACCAGGGCAUCCACGUCUUGCUAGAAAUCAUGAAAGCUCGACGACCAGACAGUCAUGAUUACAUGACUUCCUUCAUCAAAUAUGCGUACGGCCUAAUGACGCUGCUUAUAGAAGCAGUCCCCAGGUUUGAAAAUGUGUGGCUUGGAUGUCUUGGUGACCUGGCCAGCUAUAUGAUGUGUCUUGAGAAGAGAAAUUCUGCUGAGAACAUGACCUGGAAAGCAGUUUCCUCGCAGUGGUAUCAAAAGGCCCUCGACAAGAACCCAGGAGAAGGAAGUCUUUACCACCGACUUGGUAAUCUUUCAACACCCAACAUGGGUGGGCAAUUGUUCUUUUACUCCAGGUCUCUUUUGGCACCCAAACGAUACGAAAUGUCGAAGACCCGUGUUGAGUUUGCCUUUCGGAUGGCUUUGGACUCAAUUCAGAAACAUGGUGUCAUCACGCCAGACUUACCAUCUUGGUUUGUGGGUUCACAUGCUAUGCUUCUUCGCGGUGGCUCAAUUCAAAAGUUCAUUGUGUAUGUGAAGGAAUAUAUUGCUCUUUUUGGCAAGCAAGUUAAUCAAUGGACUUUCAAAUUCCGGGAAACAGCAAUCUGCAUGGGAGUCCCCAACAUUGCUGCGAUGCUACAAUAUGGCGAGGAGGAUGGCAUCCUUACCAGGAUGUUUAUGAACCCAGGCAAUCAUUCCACCAAUGAACAACCAGCCCAAGCGGACCACCCCCAAAAGCUGAGCUCGGAGGCUAAGUUACAACAUGCUUUGCACCACUGGAUGACACUUCCUACAAGACCUUCCCGAAACGCUCUGAAACAUGACCCUCCUUCUGAUGAUGCAACUUUCUCCACUGCUUUGCAAAAGCUUACUUACAGCACAUUCUUAAAUUUUCAUACACUCUCUUUUGUUCUUAAUUAUACCCGAAACGAAAAUAUUAUUCCAUAUAUUCAUCUCUCCCUUGCAUUUAUUUGGAGUCUGGCAUUAGUUCCGGAUUCCAUGGUGCUUGAAAGCACCAACUUCCCGAUCUCAACUGAAAUGAAAUUCCGGCAAUUACCAGAGGAUUUCUUCUUUCGAAGCCAAAUAUGGUCGCAAACACUAUAUCCACCUGAUUUCUUCGCGGACUCUGCCAUGGAAGGCGACAGCCGUGGAGAAGAGAUGCCCAGCACCGGAUCUGCCCGCAACGAGCGCUGUCUAUGGUAUGGAUAUCGUCUAGCAUCGUGUGGUCGCUGGAUUCAGUUAUCCAGGGAAAACGGCGUGAAGAGAUUUAGACCCACAGAUUAUGCCACCCAACUCGAAGCGGCUGCUAUACAUCCUAAAGUCCAUGAACGACAGGAUAGGAGCCAGGUAGAGGAUGCCAAAAUACUCAAAGAAUGCACCACGGACGAUGUUGAUGUCAUAACUAAAGUCGAUAUCCGGUUGAAGGUGUGGCCGCUGGAUUCAGCCAUGCAAGGAAAACGGCGUGAAGAAAUCGAAGAAGGAAAAUAUCAUUGA